AUGUCUAAGAAGGAAAGAGAAACGUGGAUGUUGCAGAGGAUAGAAGAAUGGAAAGCAGAGAAGGAAGCCGAGAAGCAAGCUAUUCUUGCUGGUGCGAAAGAAAAAAGGGCGCAACUCGCAAGGGAGAGAGCGGAACUGAUGGCGAAAGAUAAUUCUGAACAAGAAAUCAGAAGGGAUUUACUGCAGAAGACUUGCGACUUGUUUCAGAUCGGUUAUAUAUCGUAUCUGGAGACUUCAAGUCUUAAGUGGCAACAGUAUCUCCGGUGUGACGGUCUACCAGACCCUCGUGUGGUCACCCAAAUGAACACCUACAUACACAUCUGGCAAAACCAAAUUAACUGCGAUCCAGACGAACUAAACAAGAGGUGUAUAGAAACUUUGCCGGAUUUAUCGCACUUUUUAGCCUGCGGAUUUUGUCUGCAAGCCACUAAUUUGAAUCUUAUACCCAUACAACUUUCAUGUCAACAGAUGCUUGAAAUGCUGGAGGAGUUUGUGGCCAAUUCCAGACAAUACACUGCACUACAAGCGCAGAGCUACAAUGAGGUCCGCUUGGCACUGAGGGAGCAGCUGUCUAACGCUAUACAGUUGGCGUCGUACACUCUACUUAGAGACCUGGAGAAAUAUUUGAAGUUUCAAUCGAUCAAACUGGCGAUGUACGAGAGAGAGUUCAAAGGGUUGCGGCUUAACAUAUGGGUCGCUGUUCAAAUGCCAACGAGGAGACCAAGGCCGCAAGAGCCAGACCCGGAACCAGUUGAGCUAUCAUUUCCCGCGAUGAAAGUGGCGUUGAAGCUGCCUAAAAUCAUAGACGGGAGCCGCGUGUGCGUGCGCGCGGCGAGGUCCAUGAUUGAUCUCCUCAGCGAGAGCACUAGAACAUUCCAUCUAGCGGGAGAUAUGCCAAAUAGAUACCUAGAUCUCUUCAUAUUCAACGUUAAAGAACACGUGGAGACAUACAAACUUAAGAAAGAGUACGAUGACAUUCGAAAUAAAUUCUACAAGGAGACCGGUCAGAAAAUACGAGAGCUGGAGAAUUUUUUGAAGGCAAACCCGAUCUGCGGAGGAGUUCUGAAUUUGGACCUGCUGAUCACGCCACCGCAGCCGAAACGAAUGAGGGGCGCUAUAACACUAACGGCACGUGAGUGA